AUGGAACUCCGCUUCCACUUGCUUUGCCGGUUAGGAAUAGAGAGAAAUUCUUAUGCAGCUUCAUGUCUUGUGGUUGAUUUCAUUGAGAAAUUUCAGCAACAAGGUACUUCAAUGGUUGUUGGUUUUACACAGAACAAAGACCACGCAGAGAUCGGGGAGCUUGGAAGGUUGUCUGCAUCAAUGAAGAAGUUAGAAAAGGAUCUGAAGAGUACUGAUAAGUAUAAGAAAGAGCAAUACUGUAAUAAACUGCAAAAGUCAAAUCAGAGGUCUCUAGCCCUGAUUAAAACAGCCAUGGAUAUUGUGGUUUCGGUUGGGUUGCUUCAACUGGCACCCAAGAAAGUCACUCUCCGUGUAACAGGAGCUUUUGGAUUUGUUAGCUCUCUCAUCUCUUGUUAUCAUUUCAAUUACAUCAUGGCAUCUCUAACUUCAUUAUUUAAUUAUUAA